AUGGCAUCAUCAACGCAGGACCUCAAGGACCCCCAGAAAAGGGCCGAGCUUGAUGAGAGGGCAAGGAAGGGAGAGACUGUUAUUCCUGGUGGAACUCGCGGGAAGACCCUCGAGGCUCAAGAGCACCUUGCUGAAGGAAGACGCAAGGGUGGACUAAGCACCACGGACAAGUCUGGAGAAGAACGUGCUCGCGAGGAAGGUAUUCCGUUGAAUCCGCUUGAGGAUAAGGAAAAGCAAGAGGGACGUCGCUGA